AUUUUUUUAGUAAUGAUGGCGCCAAAUAUUAAUUUCUAGUUUUGUGAUAGUACAAACAAUCGGAAUGAAGAUUUUGCUUCAAUUUCCACGUAAUUAUAUAUUUACUGAAGUUCCCUUACUGGAUAACUAUGUAGUUGUGCAGAAGAGUCGAUCUACCUGCACAACAUAAGUGCGAUGUCACAGAGAGUGAAAAGGCCUAACCGUUCUGAAGAUGGCUCAGUUCCUGUUAAGAGGCGUAAACGGACGGCGGCCGAGGAAGAGGAAGCGGCCUCCCUGGCAGCGGGGACGUGGCAGCCGAGAUCUAAUGACCUGAAGAGCAUUUACAAUCGCACCACUACCGAAGCACCAGCCGAACUGUUCCGCAAAGAUCUGAUCAGCGCCAUGAAACUGCCCGAUUCAGAACCGUUGGCAUCGGACGAGUAUUGGGUUAUUGUGGACCAGUGGAAACAGGAGUGGGAACGAGGCGUCCAAGUUCCCGUCAACCCAGAUUCAUUGCCAGAACCCAGCGUCACCAUUAGCCAUUGUAAUAACUUUAAAGUUCAACAGGAGUUCAGAUUACCAAAAAAUAAAUACAUACGAAUUACUAAAGAUGAGAACUUUAAACCGGAAGAGCAUCUCCUAUCCCACGCCCCAACCCAAGCGGAGGCAGCUUGUUCGUACGAUCUGGACGAAUGCGAUGUAGCUUGGCUAAAAAUUCUAAACUCGGAGCGAGCUGCGGCGGGUUUGGGCGCCAUCUACGAGGAUCAGUUAGAGAGGGUGAUCGAGAGGUUGGAACUUUGUUGUUGGGAUAAGAUACAGUCUAUCCUCAAGAACGAGGAGGGUUUAGGAAUCGAAUAUGAUGAAAAUGUAAUAUGUGAUGUUUGUCGAUCUCCAGAUUCUGAAGAAGGCAAUGAAAUGGUGUUUUGUGAUAGUUGCAAUAUAUGCGUUCAUCAGGCAUGCUAUGGCAUCACUCGAAUACCCGAUGGGCAGUGGCUCUGUUGUACGUGCAACAUCGGGAAGAGGCCGGAGUGCGUGCUUUGUCCAAAUAAGGGGGGUGCCAUGAAAUCCACUAGAUCGGGACAGAAGUGGGCUCAUGUCUCUUGUGCGUUAUGGAUACCUGAAGUUAGUAUAGGUUGUGUAGAAAAAAUGGAACCAAUAACCAAGAUCUCCGGUAUCCCAUCUAGCAGGUGGGCCCUAAUUUGUGUGUUGUGUCGUGAGAGGGUAGGUGCUUGCAUACAGUGUUCCGUAAAGACAUGUAAAACCGCAUAUCACGUCACUUGUGCAUUUAAACACGGUUUAGAGAUGCGGGCAAUCAUAGAAGACGAGAAUGCGGACGAUGGCGUGAAGUUACGGUCUUACUGCGAGAAACAUAGUAAGUCCAGUAAGAAGGAGAAGAGCAUCUGUUCGGGAUCCGAGGAUGAUGAUUGCAAACGUAAGAAACGGAAAGACAUGACGUCCGAGGAAAAGAACCAAGCGAGGGCUGCUCGUCUUCAAGAAAUCGAAGCCGAGUUCUUUAAACACGUCACCGUUAAGGACGUCUCCAUCCAUUUGGACACCGACAACGAGGCGCUGCAAUACAUUUACAAUUACUGGAAGCUUAAGAGGAAAGCGGGUCACAACAAACCGCUGCUCCCUCCUAAAUCGGAAGACGUAGACAUGCUUUCCCAUAAACGCGAACAGGCCGAUUUGGAGAAAAUGAAAAUGUUUGUGCAAUUAAGACAGGACUUGGAAAGAGUGAGAAAUCUGUGUUACAUGGUGAGCAGAAGGGAAAAACUGUCGAGGACUUUCUUUCGGUUGAGGGAGCAGACUUUUCACAAGCAAGCGGCUGUACUCGAUUCAGUUCACUCACUGCCUACUACGGUUGUCCAAGCCGUAAUCGAGGCCAACCACGGACCAUCAAUAUACGACCGUUUAUACUCGCACAAUGAAGCUGAAGAUCACACCUCCGAUUUCGACGUAAUUUUGGCCAGGAUCGCCGGCGUAAAAUCCCCUACACAUUCGGGCGAUGAACAUAAACCCGAGAUUAACGGUUUAUUCAAAGACGUUAAAAAUAAUCCUUACAAAAAGUAUUACAACGGCUCCUCGAAAAGAAGGAGCGGUAGUUUAUACGGCAGCAGCUUGUCCAGCGCUAGCAGUAGCGACGAACGGCCCAAAGACAACAAAGAGAAUCGUUUACACAGCACUUCUGAGGAUGAGAAACCGUCUAUAUCAAAUCUGAACAAGAAAACGUCCCCGCAUAAGCAGACUAGCCCUGCUAAAGUGCAGGAUAAAAGGCGACAAAAGAAGCAUAGUAUAUCCCGAAGUAAGAUAGAAAGCAGUAGCGAGGAAGAAAUAAAUCCUCCUACCAAAAAAGAAUGGACCCAGGGCUCUCGAUCAAGAUUAAGUCAGGUGGAACGCGAACUGGGCGAGUCAUGCAGUGACAGUGACGAUCUUAUGCCAAUUCGUUCAACUCAGAAAACCGACAAUCAAAAGAAUGUGAAGUCUAUGUCGUCUAUUUAUUCCGAUAGCGAUAGCUCAGACGUAUCCAUGAAGAACGACGAUAAGUCGUCAAAUAACACAAACGACUCGCAAAAUAAAUUACGUACUAAAGCAGCUGUAAAGGAAUUCUCCCAGAAACCGUCUACAUCUAAGAGUCCCAAUAAGAGUAGUCCGGAAAAUAAAAAGAAACUCAAGAACGACGAUAUGCGAAAGGACAGUAACUCGAAGAAGAAAGAUUAUGUUCCUUCCGAUCUCAUAGUACCUCAGAGGCAGGCGGCCAAGAAAGCCACGGAAAAUCUGAAAUCAAACACUUCGUCGAGAGCUAAAGAACAUUUGGCGCCUGGUGAAGAUUCCAGUAAAACUGAAGAAAAACAUAAACAGAAGGCGAAACUGAAAUCGACUAAAGACGUUAGAGACCUUCCCAAGGAAGAAGAGAAAGUGAAGGAUAAAAAGAAAGAAAAAGAGAACAAACCGGCUUCUGAUAUAUUUGAUAUCGACAAGGAGGUCGAGAAAAGUGAUAUGCAAGAAAUUUUGGCAUACGUUCCUCAGAGACAGGCCGCUAAGAAAGCUGCCGAACACAUUAAAAGUGGACUCGGCAAACCGACUUCGCUCUCAUCAGAUCCUCCUCCUGCUACUGAAGCGGACAAACCCAGAAAGGAAUUAGAGUAUGUAAAAACAAAAAAGGAUCUGGAAAGUAAAAAGCCGGAAUUGAGGAAAGAACCCGAGUCUGUCAAGACUGCCAAAGUUUCUGAAACCAAACGCAAGUCUUCCACAAACUCAACGAGUACAUCGUCUUCCUCGACCAGCAGUUCCUCGGAUUCCUCAACCAGCACCAGUUCCGAUAGUGACGACGAACCAGAGAAACCACAACCGCGAUCGGAGAGUCUUUUCUCAACCUCACCCCGAGAAACGACUAAGCGGAGCACAGCCAAGGACUGGCCCUUUCUUGACAAGGGACCUAGGCCCGCGGCAUCCUCUGGUUCCUCAAGCUCGAGCGAUUCCAGUGCCCCCUCCUCUCCCAGAAAACUUCCUUCUCCACCACCACCACCACCCCCUAAAUCAGACUCUCCAUCGCAUGCCGCACCACCCGAACAACCAACUAAGUCACUCAGAAAGAGCACUGAUAAGAAGCAGUCUCCAACAGCUUCUAAGAGAGAAGAACAGACACGACCACGGGGAAGAGGACGUGCACCCCGAGGCCGUCCGAGGACAUCCAACUCUGGUGAUCGGAUCGGAGAUGCUGAUGUCAGGCCUAGAGAUAUGUCUGAUGGCCAAUGUGUCAGUGUGGAAGGAGAACGAGCUAAAAUUAGGAAGGGGAAACAAUCUGCAGGAGAUGAGUUGGGAGAUAACGUCGAGAAAGAGAUCGCCAAGUCCAGAAAGUUAUCGUCUCCGGUCAAGAAAACGGACAAGAAGUUAAAGGACAUCAAACAGUCGGAAAUUGAAAAUUUAGAAAAAGAAAUAUUGGAAAGAAAGGCGGGAAAAGAAGGAUUAAGUAAAACCAAAUCUACACUCGAUAGAUUGUUCGGUUCGUCUGAGAAAGUAAAGGAUGAUGAUGUUCUCGUGGAAAAACCUCAAAGGGUAGAAAAAUUGGAAAGAACAAAAAGGGAGUAUGCGAAACCUCCAGAGAAACAAACAAAGUUGCCAGAAAAAGUGAUACUAGCUCCAGAGAAGUUAACGAUAUCUGAUAAACGAUACAAAUCGACUGAAAAAUUGUUGAAAUCUCCUGUAGAUAAACAAAAUAAAGUAUUUGAUAAAUGCUCCACGUUUUCCGAAAAAUCAGAAAAACCAUCCGACAAGCCUUCUAAAAUUUCUGUUUCUAAAUCAGAGAAAUUACCGAAAUUACUUGAAAAGGAUUCAAAAUCUCUCGAAAGACUACCCGAUAUAUCCGAAAACAUUGAAAAAGCUAUAACACCGACAGAAAAAUAUAAACCCAUGGAAAAAAUAUCGAAAUCCGAACAAUUAGUUAAACUUCCAAAUCAGGAACUGAAGGAGCAAAUAGAGAAAAAGGGAGAAUUCAAAGAUGGAUUGGAUAAAAAAUUGGCAAACAAAAAAUUAUCCUCGAAAAACAGAAGCAUAGACGACAUCUUUGCUGCUAAGUUGUCCAGUAGUGAAAGUAAGGAAAAUAAGUUGGAACUUAAGAAGCCACCGACUCCUAAACAAAUUAAAACCUCCGAAGAGAUUACCAUCGCUGAUAAAAUUGUCGACGAUCAUUUGCAAUCGCAUAAAGCUAACGAACUCUUUAUUCGUCAAGCAGAAACCGUUCAAGACAUCUAUAACGUAACGUCAGACGUUACGAAAUCCUUAACAAUCGAAUUGGAAUACGAAAAGAAAAGCGCUCUUAAACCGGUCGGCGUAACAAAUCAAGUUCUGCAGAAUCGUUCCAUAUUCUCGCCCCAGCCGCACGCGAAAGAUGCCGAUAUAGUAGAUUUUAACUUUGACGACAUCGGAAUUUCUAAAGACGAUAUCAUGAAGAGUUCAUUCACUUGGAAUAAUUUCACUGGAAACAGAGAGGAUACAAAAGAAGAUAGUGCCAGAGAAACGCUAAAUCUUGUUGAAAAAUUGCGCAUGGAAUUGUCAAAGAAGUCUACCGGAUGCGAUGCAGACGACGCCACCACCAGCAAUGAAGUUGAAAGUGAGAGAGUGGAUUUCACGGAACAAGUCGUUCCAGAUAAUCACACGGAGCCCAUUCAGAAAGAUCUUGCCCCCAAAUCAGUAGAGAUCCCCGCGGUUAACCUAGAGUUGAAGGUCCACGUAACAGAAUCGGAACCUGCGAGACAUUUCGAGGAGAAAACGCAUAAUCAGAGCCAUCAACAGCCUCAUUCUGAUUAUGGGUACCUUAAUUGCGAUACUAAUUUGCCCCUCGAGCCGCACAAAAAUAUUCCCAUUCAGCAACACGAAGGUCUUACAGACCACACGGCUCCUGUCGAAGGGGAUGAGAGAUGGGUACCCCCCAGCGAAAGUUUCCCAAACAUACAACCUGUAGAUCCUACGAACUACUUAAACGAUUCCGUUCCACACGUAGAUCCCCAUUAUCUGGAACAAUAUACAAACUCAGGCACACAAGAACAUCACAAAAACCCGCCAGCUUUAAACUCGGUUCCUUCCCAAUUAGAAGUAAGGAUGCAGGAAGAACCCCUUAAAAACCAAUCGCCCUCCCUCCACGAUAGAAUAGACAGAAGAAUCUCACAGACUCCCCUCAUAGAUCCAGCCUCCUUGGACUGCAUGCCUAGUCCGUCUCCGUACGCAAACAUCCAUCCCCAGGCCAAGUGGGCGGAUAGCGAACUCAUGCCCAAUCGCAGAUCUUCGUCGAGUUCUGCGGCGUCAACGUCUAGUUCCAGUUCCAGAAGAGACGACGAAGAGGUGCGACUGCAAGAUGUGAGAUUAGUCAAUCAUUCUACAUUAGACAUGACGCCUUAUUUGCCACCUCAGGUACCCCCUUUUCCUCCCAAUUCUUUAGACAAUUUCGGAGCUUACUCUGAUGGAUCCUGCUAUCCCGUCAGCUUGUUCCCUCCUCCCAACCUUAAUACUCAACUAGCAUUCCCCACAACAGGUACUGCGGCGAUGUUUCCACCAGCAUUUGGGGCUCCAUUUCCCACUCCACAUUCGCUACCACCCAUGCCUAAACCCGUAGAUGAGUCUAUUCCGUUCUCGUCCACCUGUACGGCAGCGUUUACCUCCUCCCAGCAUAACAUGGCCUUGACAGCCGCCAUGGUAAAUUUACCGCCGUCGACCCCCAAACCGCUGGAGCAGCAAUUAGAAGAACAGCUCUUGGCACCACCAGCAGAACCUCCGGUAUGCAAUCAGCCGGGUUUAACGCCGACGACGAGCGCAGAGGAAGUCGUACCAUCUCCGGCGCUCAGCAACGCAACUCCGACGGCUACCAGUGCAUUACCUUCGCCUAGCACGUCUUUGAAGUCCAAUAGUUCUGCCGGUAAGAAGUCGCCAACCAAACCCACACGGACCUCGGCGAGAGUUACUUCACAAAUGUUGAACAAAUCGCCAGCAAAGAGUCCGGGUAAGAGCCCCCGGCAAGAAGCGGCUCUUAAACAGUCGGGGCCGGGACGAGGGAGAGGAGAAAGUAAGAGAGGUUCGGGGAAAUCGGGCGCUUCCAGGGCGCCCACCGCUACUAGGGGUAGGGGCAGGGGCCGAGGCAGAGGCAGGGGCAGCCAUCACAACGAUUUCGACUAUAUCGGCAGUGGUACGAUUCACACGAAGCUAGUCGGAACCGUUUACGACCUCGAUUUCGACGACGAUAUUUCCAAUGACAACAUGACCGACUUGAAGGCUAUGAGGGAAAGGAGAAAGUCGGUGGAUAUCCACGAAAGGAAGUUCGAUUCCUUCUCGUCCACGAGAAAUUCCCCUCGUUCCCCUAAGUUUUCGAGCCCCUCGCAGGUGUCGCAUAAAAAUAGAGGUUACAAUGCCGAUUUAAGGGAGCUACGACCCCCAACUCCUAUCGAGGAUAGUAGAUCCAAAACCGACAUAUCCCUAACUAGUUCAGAUAACGAGCCCGCCCAAAUAUUCCCGGACGUUACGCCGCUAUUUCCGGGUCCCGUCGACAUGAGAACGUACAAUAGCAAUUUCGAUCAGCAAUCGUACACCGAACAGAACUUGUUAAGCGCCUUUGCUACCGGCACAACGGAAACGCAGGUGCACGAGGAUAUCGACGAGGACUUUGAGAAAGCUCUUCACACGGCGUUAACUGCCAAGAAACCGGUGGAACCGCCUCCGUCUGACAUGAGUAGUAAUAUAAAAGUUUCUCUUUCCGACUCCCGAAAUCAGCUGAAGGUGAAGAUUAAAGGACCGAUUGCAAACUAUACAGCCAACGAGACUCCUCUACCUCCGCCCACCGUCGAUCCUAUCGUCGUGUCUACCAUCAAUUCUGUAACGAAUAACGCAAUAAGCAGUGCCUCGAUCGGAAUAUCCUCAGGUGGUACGUCUAAUUUGCGACGAAUGAGAAAGAAGGAGCUGUUACGGCAGUAUUGUUCUCAAGACAUGAAUAUGGACGAUCAACCGAAUAAUCCGGGGUACGUUGCGCCUGCCGCUCCCACCAUUAGUCGUAAUAUCAUUACCAUUCCAAAGGCAGUAGCUUCUAUGACCAGCAUACCCACGAAAGACGAUUACAGGGACUAUAGAACGGGUCCGGACGAUUUCUUGGAGAGCAAACAUCACCGGAAGGAAUCCAAAGCGAGACCCGGCGGACUCUCUAGAGAACUGCGUCAGCUGGAUUUGUCGUUGGACGACGACGGUCACCUAGAAAGGAGGAGAAGUGUGGGUUCCGUGGGGAGCAAUAAUUCCGGCUUGUCUACCAGUUUCGAAUCGACUCUAUCCAAAAGGAGAGGUCGCCCUCCCAGACCAAUACAACAGCCGACGGCGCCGAAGCUUAAAAUCAAGAUCGGCACCAAUAAUAGCAUCGUGGGCACGUCCAGGGUGGACGACAAGAAAGAUAGGAUAAGGCCGCCCAAGAAACGUAUUACCACCAUAAGCAUGGCGACGGUGGAAGAUCUGAAACGGGAGAGUAUGAAAUUCAGGAAAAAAGUGAUGCAGGAACUGAAGAUCAAGAAGAAGAAGGAUAAAAGCGAGAAGAGGAAAAAGAAGAAGCUUAAGUCUGAAGUACAAAUUAUAUCUAACCAAGGCGCGAAUCCGACCAAACUCAUAAUUCGGUUCGGUAAGAAGAGCAGUGACGGUGAUAGUGACAAACGGACGAGCGGUGAAACGAGCAAUAGCGCGAUGAACGAAAGCAGAACUGACGUGAAAGACAGUGUAAGGGAAGCGGAGCUUCCGGGUGCGUUAGGUAGCAAAAGUGACAAGCCGCCUAUGAAACUGACUCCGAUAAAGUUAAAACUGUCGAGGUGCCAGGAGGGGUCGGGCUACAUAAUGAAGCCCACCACUUCCGUGCCGAGUACAGAAAAGGCGGAGGAGACGCAGGCCGUGCAGCCGGGCCAGCCGCCUCCCGAGCCCCCUCCACCCCCCGUUAGCCUUCCAGAUGCUGCGCAGCCCCCCACCGCCACCCUGAAAAAAGACUGUGAAGUUAGAUGAUAAUUGUGUAUAAUGCAAUCUGUCGACUUGUAACAUAAUAUUAGGCGACCAGUGAGGCAGACUUGUACAGACUAGGCUAGCUGCUAUUCACUUGUUUCAAUCCACAUUGUUAAGCUGUCUAGUAUAUGUGUAGGCUAAGCGAGCACAUGUAUGUCAUUAUUUCAGUGUACAAAGUCAAUUACAGCCGCAAACGUGUAAUCAUAUUUUUGUACAUAUUGUAAGUUAUGGUAAUUGUGAAUAUACAUAUAGUACUAAUUUAUAUAUUUCAUUUAAAAUGAUUAACUCGUGUUGACAAUUUUGAUAGAUAGACUCGUUAUAGAAUUUCAUCAGAUAUUGUACAGAACAAAUGGCUUGAGUGCAAUUUUAUUGGUUGUUGUUGUGAGAGCCAUCGAUUGAUUUUAUUAAUAUUGUACAGUUUUAUUCUUUAACUCGUUGUCCGACGGACAGUGUAGUAUAAAUUACUUAAAGAUUUUAUUAUUAACUUUUUAUAGUUGUAUAUUAAUUUUAUUUUUUAUAUCUGAUAUGUUUUUAAGUGUACGAGUUGUAUAUUUUUUACUACAAGUAUUAAAGCACAAGCCAUUUGUUGUUUCAUGUUACAUGAUACAAAUAAUUAUAAUAAAUAUGAAAUAUGAACAAAA